ACGUCAAAAUUUGUCAAUAAUACGUUUCACAGCUCAUAAUUUUUUUUGCUGUAUUUAUGAUAGGGAGUAGGAUAAGCUCGAAUUUCUUUGUCUGAAAAUUUUAUGGGGAUUUUGUGUUAAACAAUCCGGUGUGUUGGUGUUCUUGAUGGUGUCCGGCGACGAUUCAAAUGGUGGCCGUUUGUCGCGUAAAACUACGAGGUCCCCGAACCGUAAGUCCAAGAAGGCAGAUGCAGACCUAGCAAAGGGGUCAGCGUUGCGAAAUGGAUCGCAACCUUCAGUCCAUAAACGGAACCUUUACGUUGUUUCUUUCCCAAUCAUCAUUCUGUUCAACGUACUAAGAUCAAUUUUGUAUCAACUUUUUAUAAUUUUUAAAUAUUUGUAUACGGCAUCGCAUCGGUUUAUGCACAAGCCUCAUAAGGCUGGUGAGUGUAACUUGGAAGUAGUGGUGAAAGACGGUAUAGUGUCGACGGAGUUAGCCCCAAGUGAAGAGAUGACUCAUAUACACAAUGUUGGUCCGGGGGACCCUUUGCUGGCCAAACAAAAGCACCACCAUCGGAAAGCUUUUGAGUAUAUUUCAAAAGCCCUGAAGAUUGAUGAAGAAAAUGAAGGCCAAAAAGAAUUAGCAAUAGAGCUUUACAAGAAAGGCAUUUAUGAGCUGGAACGAGGCAUCGCCGUCGACUGCUGGGGCGGGCGCGGCGACGCUUGGCAGAGAGCGCAACGACUACACGACAAAAUGAAGACCAACCUUGGCAUGGCCAAGGAUCGCCUCCACUUCCUUGCCAACCUAGUCGCGCUCAGUAAGUUGGGCGUAGAGAGUGAGCCCGAGCGGAGCGACAAAAAGCCAACGGAGUCGCCUCUAAAGGGGCGGAGACCGUUAGAGAAGUCCAAGACGACGUUACUCGCGCAUACAGAAAGUAACAGUGGUCAAACGAAGCCGCCGAACGAAGUCGCAGGCCGAAAGCUUACGACGGCCGGUCGACGAGUGCCGAGUGGGGGCGUGGGGGGCCCGCUCAUGAAGUCCCAGACCCUGCCGCGGUCGAUGGGCAGGUCAUCAUCACAACCCAACAGCUCCAAUGGGAGCUAUAGCAGAUAUCCCGUGAAGCCGGCGUCAACGCCACCCGCUGUCAAGAGACAGCUAUCUAGCGCAUACCAGGUACCAUCAAACGGGUCGCCAGUGCGUCGCGUGGUAGGCGGCGGUUCACAACGCGGGACGCCCACCAGAAGUAGAACUCCGCAGCCAACUCUUGCAGUACGAGGAGUUGACCCCAAGCUAGUCCAGCUUAUACUGGACGAAAUCGUUGAAGGAGGUCCUAAAGUACACUGGGAAGAUAUUGCGGGGCAAGAUGCGGCAAAGCAGGCGCUUCAAGAAAUGGUUGUGCUGCCUUCUUUAAGGCCAGAACUCUUUACGGGACUGCGGUCUCCCGCUAAAGGAUUACUUCUAUUUGGACCACCAGGAAAUGGUAAAACGCUGCUCGCCCGGUGCGUAGCGGCCGAGUGUUCGGCUACUUUCUUCUCGAUAUCCGCUGCGUCGCUCACCAGCAAGUACGUCGGCGAGGGCGAGAAGAUGGUGCGAGCGCUGUUCCAGGUGGCCAGGGAGCUUCAGCCCGCGAUAAUAUUCGUGGAUGAAGUGGACUCGUUGCUAUGCGAGCGGUCGUCGGGCGAGCACGAAGCGUCGCGGCGGCUGAAGACGGAGUUCCUCGUGGAGUUCGACGGGCUGCCCGCCGCGGGCGCAGACCGACUGAUCGUGAUGGCCGCCACCAACAGGCCGCAGGAACUGGACGAGGCGGCGCUCAGACGGUUCCCGAAGCGCGUGUACGUGUCGCUGCCGGACGCGCGCACUCGCAUGUCGCUGGUGCGGCGCGUGCUGGCGCGGGGCGCGGCCGCCGCCUCGCUCAGCGACGAGGAGCUGGCGCGUCUGGCCGCGCUCACCGACGGGUACUCCGGCAGCGACCUCACCGCGCUCUGCCGGGACGCCGCGCUCGGACCUAUACGGGAGUUGGACCCUGAAGAGGUGAAGUGCCUGGACCUGUCGCUGGUACGCAGCAUCACGUUCACGGACUUCAUGGACGCGCUGAAGCGGAUCCGGCCGUCGGUGUCGCCGCUCAGCCUCGCCGGCUACGAGAAGUGGUCCGUGCAGUACGGCGAUCUCGGGCUAUGACUUGUUAUAUAGGUAUUGAUUUACUCAGAGUGAGUCAUUAAAAUUAAGUGAAUAGAGAAUAUGUACGAUGUUGAUCUACAAUUGAUAAGUUUUACGCAAACUACUCGUCGCUCAAACUUUAUAAGUCUUAUUUAUGCCUCGACUGAUGAACUCGACAUAGUUUCAAACUUCGCCAUACAGUCCGUUCAUACAGCCCUAAUUACAUGAUAGAUAAAUAAAAACCUAUCUUGAACAGUCAAUGUGAUCUAAGUUUUAAUCUUAUUUAAAAGACGUGCAAUGGAAAAGUCAACCUUAUACUAUUGACUUAAAACUCAUUUUUAAACGGGAUGAAAUUCUCUCUUCUUUGUGUCUGCGUGAACGGACUUCAUUCCCUCUUGGAUCUAGUAACAUUCCGAGCAGACGAGGUAUACAGCCAAAUACGUUUCUUUACAAUUGACUUAAUAGUAUACCUAUUUUAUAAUAAAGGAGAAUGGGGAAACAGUGUAAACCUGUUUUGUUUCCGUUUACAAUUCCAAUAAAGCCGUUAUAUACCGUAGUACCUAGUGUUGUCCAAUUAGCAACUAACCGAUUCAAUUAGUCGAUUUUAGAUUCAAUCGAUGUUCAUAAUUCAUCGAAUGACACAUGCGUUCUCCUUUGUUAUAUAAAAUCACAUCUAGUCAAAAUGUGACUGUUUGUGUGAAUUACAGUCCGAUAGUGAAGCCCAGUCGAUUAGUAAUGUUUAUCGACGAUUGCCGUGAUCGAUUUUACCUGUAAUAUAGAACUUGCCGCAAUACGUCAAUGUUGAUGCUUUUUUAUAUUGAAUACCUAGUGUUAAUUAUGUAAUUGGUUUCAACUCAUUCUUGAUUUAAUAUCGAUGUAAUAUACUUAAGAUUAUAAACUAAAUAGCACUGCACUACGAAGCAAUAAUAUUAUACUGCUUGAAAAUAAAAUUGUCAGAAUGAGUUAAAAACAAUUAUAGUUCCAUAUGUCCAAACUCCACUAACAUAAGUCCUUAACGGGUGACGCCAAAAUAGUAUAACCCGGAUAGUUAGAGAAGUCGCUUUCAUUGUAUCUAGACGUGAAGAGAUCGCUUUUUGCCAAACACUUCUCUAUCGGCCCGGGUUACAUUAGCCCUCAUAGUACCCGUCCAGUCAAAAGGAACGUUGGAAAGUGGCCUCUAUGUCCAGGUCAGAGAGUAUAUUAUUUAUUGCCAUCCCUCCUUUUGGCUUGUUCGGUUUAGUUCAGCUUUUUAAGGACCAAAUAUGGAAUGUACCUUCCCUAGGUUGAAUUCCAUUGUGACUGUGAACAAACACAAAUUGUAUUGCAACGAGAAAGCUUUUUAUUGUGAUUUUAUCCAAAUAAUUAUCCUCUACAUAGGAUGGAGUAAAUAUAAAAUGAUUGUUUUGCAUUAUGAUUUUUGUUACCAAUUAAUAGAAUUAUCUAAUCUCAAAUAACCGAACAAAUGGAAUCGUUGUACAAAAUGCGUUUACCUUUUAGUAUUACCUCAGAAUUUUGUAUAUUUGAAUUUAUUUGCAAUUAAUUAUAUUGUAGCUUAAUGAACUUAUUAUAUUUUAAUUGUAUUUUAGUGAUUUAUCGACAACCUUAUGAAUCUACCGUAGUAUGAAAGUACGUAUUUUUAUUAGCCCCUUGUAGUCACAGUAUUUAACCGCGUAAAUAGAUGUAAGGUACCUAACACGUAACAUGGAUAGACUACACAUUUAAGUAUAAAUAGUACAUAGAAGAAAGUUAAAAAGCCUAGAACUCUCAAUAAUUAUGAAUAGUGAUUUAUCAGGUUGUCGAUAACAUUGUUGAAAUUAGUAUAGUUUUAGCACUGCCCAAUGUUGUUAGAUAAUCCUUAAUUAAAUCAAUCAAGGUUUUAUAUUAAUUAUAUUCUUUAUGGCAACACAAUUCUACACCAAAAGACUUAUUACUGUUUUGACGCAGAAUUGUGUUAUCGAAAAAUAGAUUUUUGUUUAAAAAAUGUUAUAAUUGUACUUAAUUAAUGUAAUUUGUUGAUUUUAUUUUAUAUUUUCUAAAUUAUCUUGCCGGUAUCGCGACGUUUGGUUUCUCGGUAUAGUACGCUGCGUGUCUUAUGAAAUAGUUACUUUACUCGAUCGAUUCGCAAGGCUAGCCCCGACUGUAGCAGAAUGGAUUCAAAUCGUUUGCUCAAAAUGUAAAGUACGAUGAUUUUGAGCGUAAAUGAAAAUAUAUUUUCGUAAUGGUUUGUUAUAAAAUUGUCUAUCUCUUCGAUUAAAGGUUAUUUAAUGGAAAUCAAUUACAGGACCACGCGUUUGUAUAUAUUAGACUUGACAUAGUGUGCCAUUUAGUUUGCACUAUCGAGCUGUGAGCUAACAUGACGUAUUCAGACAUGAGGUUAAAGCAAGAAGUUUUAAUACCUGUUGUCAGCAUAGAAUAAUCGCUAUUGCUGUAAAUAAAUGCGGCAUAAGAAUAUUUACUGUUGUUUUAAUUUAGUGAAUUGUAAUCUGCUUUUAAGCUGUGAUUAACACCUGUCUGAAUACACGUGUUUCAGUAUCUUGGUAUGUCGUGAAAAAGCUAGUAAAAGCUAUAGCCACAAAGGAAGUGGUUAUGCAAUAAAUGUACUAUCCAAGUCGAAUACAUAGUAAAAGUUCAUAAAGUAGCAGAUUGAUAGUUAUCGAAGUUGAUACCAGUCGAUUUCAGUCUACAAACGAGUACCGCCAAAUACAUGAACCCUAUGUAUGAAUCAUACAUAAAGUCGCAUUGGAGAUUGAAAUUGCCUUUUAUCAGAUAACUUGCCUUGUCUCAUACGAAGCUACAAGCUCACUAGCUCGGUAUCGUGUCAGCCGGAAAUUAAAUAGUUUUUGUAACGAUAGUGAUCAAUUCCUAAGAAGACAGCGACAUAGUGGUUAGUGCAGUUUACGUAGCGACUAUUUUAACGUAACUAGCUAUAGUUAGUGUAGCUUGUAGUUCUCAAGGUAUGAUUGCGUUGAUUAUGUGUUGUGGCGUGAUUCUGAUUUGUAGAUGGCAAGGGAAAGAAACGGGUUUUAAUAGUGGGAGUUUGAUCACGCGUGUAUAUCGGGAUAGGCCGAUAAGUUUCGGGCUCAACUGGAGUCUUUAUGGCGCGGCCGCGAGAUCGCAAUUCGUUUUUUUUUUCUUUAUAGUUUUGGGCUUAUAACUUUGAAUACGUACAUUAUGUGUAAAUCGAACGCUACGUAUUUUUCUAUGAAAAAAAAAGUUUUUCUCGUGAAGUAGUAUGCAAAUUGCAUCUUUAUUUCUACGCAUUUUGCAAAAGAGCCUAUUUCCUAAAAAAUAUUUCUGCUUCGCUUAUCUUUGCAUUAUAUUGGAGUAAGCUUCGAUUUAAAAACCGCGAGACUAAGGAAGCAUAUCAGGUAACUGGGAGCAGGGAUAGCAUCGGAAUAUAUCCUGUGUAGUGGCGAAACUAAGAAAAUAGGAUAGAAAAAGAAUUUUGGACUUUUGGUACGAUAUCGCCUUAUGGCGAUUAUAAAAAUUAAGGCUAUUUGCAAAGCCAACUUUUGUAUUCACAGCCAAAGUUUUUAAAAAAGCCCUGAGAAAAGUAAGAGGUAUGGUUGUAAGGAGUCUGGUAUCCUUUGGAGAACCUUUUAAUAAGGUUAAGUAGUGGGACUGGGUCUUCUGAGGUAGAAGAACACGCCACAACCCGCGUAUGUGUAGAUACAGUUUAGAUAAUGUUCCCACUUCUAGUGCUGAAUUAUACAAACAUUAAGAUUCGAUUUGCUUGCUAGGUCUUAUGUCCACUGAAGUGAACGACGAAAAAUUUGACAGGAGGAAAAUGCUUAUGACCAGAAAAAAUAAUGUCUUAAGUCAGUUUAGUCAGACACGGGCAUCGACCGAAUAAGAUGGAAAAAUCACACUAAAUUUGAUAAAGGUGAUGUUUUUUAAAUGAGAUAAGCUCGUCGCUGGCUUGCCCGGAUCGGGAGACGUAAGCUCGGUAGGGCAAAAAAAUAAAUGUUUUUUUUUCUUUGCUCCGGAAUAGACCGUUUAUUUCAGUGGACAGUUAGACAUUUAGAUAGAAUAAUUCCCUAAUUCCUCACGACUCCCACUUAACAUUACUGCUGAUACGAUUAUUUAGAUAUGAGAAAGAAAUGUUAUUGUCAAGAUAAGAGAAUGUUAAGUAAAUAGUUUUAAGGAAAAUGUGUGUUUUUGUGUGGCAAUUAAGAAUGUAAGAAGUAUAAAGAUAUGUCUUAAAGUUGACGGAUGUGUAAUGGAAAGUCCAUUGCAUUAUGUAAAAUUUUUUUUAUUAUGAGAUUUGGGAAACGGUUGAAUGAAAUUUCAAUGUUAUUAUGUAUAUUACGUUUUGAUAUUCCCGUAGAGUAAGAGUUGAGUUUUGUUGCUAGUUAUGUGUGGACCUCGUUUUAAUGAACUUUUUUACCCUUUUUCGAAUGAAUUAAAUCUUAUUUUUUAUCGUAUUGGCAAGUAUCGUUCAAGUGGGAUGUACGUAAAUAUUUUUUAAUAAUGAAAUCUUUUUAAGGCAAGUGUGCAAGUUUAUAUUAACAAAAUAAACGUUGUGAUUUUUAAAAGAUUUUUUCACGUUUCGGUUGUGGUUCUUUUGGAGAUAUUUUCCGUUUUUUUUUUCUAUACGUGUCGUUUCGUAAUUUGCUUGUUUGAUCGUGAACUUUUGUACCAGUGUUACAUGCGUUAUGUUUUGGUAAUAAAUGGUAGUAAAUGUGAAGUUUGAUUAGAAAUUAUUAUCUACUUAUCUUUGGGAACUUUUUGUUGGAAUGUCGCAAUGGUAGAACUAGAAUAUUAUUUUUGGUUUUCUCAAAAAUUUGAACUAUGAAGGGUUCACGAGAGGGAACACGAGAACGAACUUUCGUGCAAUAAUUUCAAAUAAAAAAGAUUGAAUAUUAAGAAAAGAAUGCAAAACAAAACACUAGCAAUCGCAGCUUCUACAAAGUGUACAGUCGAUCACACAACAGCUGUAACGAACACACUACUUCAAGACAGUAAAAUAUAUUUUUGUAAUUCGUUAUUUCCGAUGUGCGCUCGACUGUAAAAAGAAACUGUUUACAUUUAUUUUGUGUUGGAAACGUCGCAUGCGAAGUUGGUACACUGCAUUUAAGCACGCACGCGCUCACAACUUCAAAUAACUUUAUAUUAAGCGGAAAAGCUUUAAUUAACACGUAUUGCGAUAUUAUUACAGUCCAUUUGUCCAUUACUUAAACUAAACUAUUUUCUGUUCUGAAUUUCUUUUAUACCUUGCCAACCUAGUCUUCCAAUAAACUUCUAUUUUCUGUUUUCCUGGUACUUUAUUUCUUGAAAUUGGACUGUUAUAAUGUAAGUAUUGCGUGCUAACUCUAUGCGUUCAUACAUACAGACUGCACUUAAAAUACAUAGUAUGAAUGAAAUCAAACUUAUGAAUCACGCGCCCAAUUAAAACUGUUAAGAAUAUAUUGCAUAGACUAUCGCUAGCUAUAUUUUCUAAAUUUUAUUGUUAUGAAUCUCAUAAACAUGUUUUAAUUCUAAAUUAAUUACUUUUGGAGUUUCAGGCCGUUUUCAAACUGAGCGUAUAACCAGCCGUCACAUUUAUUACAUUUCAAUACAUAUUCACUUUCAAUCACACCUAUUAGAUCAUGCCAAUGGUCACAGGGUAGAAAACCUGGAAUAAACCAAUAUAUUUUCGAACUCUGGGGCGUAUUACAAAGUAAUUAUCAUUUGUUAAAACCGGCAAAGGUUAGACUUUUUCCAAGCGUGUGUUACGACGUCAGAUAACCAAUGUUAAACUCUGAUACCAGGUUGUACAUCACCCAUUCAAAAAGAAGAAUCACUCAUUCGUCGACUGAAUAAAUGUCUGGUUUGAACAUGGUCUCAUUUAAUUAGUGAAGUAUAAGUAACUGUGAAGUGAAAGAUUUCGGUCAAUAUUGAAACACUUUUAAAUAUGUACUUGCAUUAGCUAGCACAAUUUUGUAAUUAUAUCUUUUAAAUUCAGAGACCAUAUAAUUAUGUGACUUUAUUCAACAUAAUCAUUCAUGUUUUUAAGUCCCAAUACUUAUCAUCGGCAUCAGCCUCGCCUCUUCCUAUGCUGGGGUCGGCUUCCAAGCUAACAGGAUGCAGCCAAGUACCGGUAUUUAACAAGGAGUGACUGCUUAUCUGACCUCGUCAACCUUACAAGACAGUACCCCUCAGUAAGACUGGUUGUCCGACUGCAUUGUCUGAUAGCUCCCAGAACGGAAUGCCUUCCACCCCCACUUCACGUAAGACGGUCGUAAUUGGUCGCAACAAACACGCGGGAAUCGAUUCAGUAACUGAAUCUAAUCAAUUUGACAAAAUAUUACCAUUCAUAAUUUGAUCACCAUCAUCAUUAUCAUGAACCAAAUAAUCGUGCUUUGCCUCGCUGUGAUAUGGAUAAUAAACCCAAUGCCUUAUUAUUUCAUGCGCACUAUUUUUAAUCCAAAUAUCGUUACUAUUGUAUUUGUCUGUCUUUAACACAAGUUUUCACAAGCAUGUCACAUACACAUACAUAUUUCACGAUGAAGUUUUCCUAAUAGUUUAAAUGAAUCACAAAUUUUAUUUAAAAAAAGGUAUUUGUGAAGGUUGCAAUGAAAGUUAAGAGGACAUUUUAAUAAAAUCAGACAACAACGUAUUUUUAUCUUUGUUAUUUUAUUAAUACCAUGGCAACACUGCGUAUUUAUUGCAGUUGGCAAAUCAAGGCACACAAUUUCACAUCUACCUGCUUAUAAAACUUGUAUGACAGACAGACAAACGAUCUGUUAUCUCAAAACUAAUGAGCUUCGUAACAUAAGUAACGAAUUGCGACUGAUUGUUACCUUAUAAAGAUAUUUCAAAAUUAUUUCCUAAGUCGUUUUGAUGUGGUUGUUUAAAAGCGAUAAGGAAUAAGAAAAACGUAUUGAUACGGAUCUUUGUUUAUUGCUAAAGGUAAGACAAAACUGAUGUCACUCAGUUUUAAAUUAAUUCUAAUGUUUUGGCCUAUUUAUAAAGAAACGAUUGUAUGUUAAAAAUUGUUUUAUAAGACUUGGGGCUAAGGGUAAAAUGAUGGCGGAUGAAUCUCAUUGAAAAAGAAGUGUUACAUUAUUUUGUCAGUAUUGGUUAAAUUAAGUAUUGUUUUAAUACAAUCGUUUCUUUAUAAACAUUCCACUCGUCUCCUAUUAUUGCGAAUAUAAAUUCUAAAACGUGGUUGUAAUUGUUUUUACACGUUCGCCUUUAUGCUACUUGUUUUAAUUUAAGCGCACGAAUUUAUCGAUUUGACUAAAAACUUUGUCGGUCUUACACACUCUGUAAUAUUUUGUAAAUACAAAAAAAA